AUGUCUUCCCACUACACUUCUGCGGGCUACUCCAUGCCUCUUCCCGUUCCCUCUAAGGGCUCCCACUACCCCACCUACAGUCAAUAUUCCGUCUCGCCUCCGGAAUGUGAUGACUCGGUUAGCUCUGCCUCGGGCAUCCCCUCUUACAGCAAUGGUGGAUACUCGGCUACCUCGUCCGGCUACACAUACUCUGGCGGAUACGGCGACUAUGAGAGCACUCGCUCUGCUAGUGGCGUGGACUUCCAGGAGUACAUGCAGGACCGCUUUGCCAACUCGUUUGACCCAAUUCCUCUUGACCGCAGCAUGGCCAUGCAGGCUCAGACAUCCGGAAAGAUGAAUGCCAAACACAGAGAGCUCAUGGAGCUACAGAAGAAGGCACAAGCUCGCCUUGCAAAGACACGCGAGCGCUUCCAGGAGGGUAUGCGCGACGCCCAUGAGGUUCGCAGCGACCUUGAGUGGACACAAAAGAAAGUUGGUUCGCUGAAGACAAAGGCUUCUCGCAAGCACGGCAAGGAGUACAGCAAGGCUCGCGCCCGAUACCCGUCGCCUGAGAACUAG